AUGGGUUCCAAGGCAAUUCUCUUCCUAUGCCUUUUGGUGGUAGUUCUGAUGAUUGCUUCAGAGGUGACAGCCAGGGAUUUGGCCGAAAAUUCCAAUGCUGCAGAGAAGAGUACUAAUGGCCUGGAAGAAUCCAAAUACCCUGGUGGUGGAUAUGGAGGGUACCCUGGAGGUGGAUAUGGGGGUUACCCAGAUGGUGGUUAUGGUGGCGGUCGUGGUGGUUAUGGUGGUGGUGGCCGUGGUGGCAGAUGCCGCUAUGGUUGCUGUGGCCCGAGGUUAUUAUGGGUGCAGGUGCUGUACAUUUGCUGGUGA